CCUGUCUAUCACCAUAGAAAUUAAGGAAAGAAAAAGAUGAGGUUCGACAAAGAGUUGAGGUCAAAAAUGGUUCCAGAAUGGCAAGGAGCUUACAUGGAAUACACAUCCCUCAAAUCCAUCCUUGAAGAUCUUAAGCAUUUCAAAUUCAAAACCCCACUCCAACAUUCUCACCCCCACCAUCAUCAUCAUGGUGGAGUUGCUGCAGUCUACAGAACCUUCAGUGGUCUAGUAAUUGAUCGCACCAUCCCUACCAUCACCAACUCUAAAACCACCACUGAUACUACUUCCAAAACUACUGCAACUACUACUACUACGACCACGACAAAUCGGCACCACCAUCAUCACCAUCACCAUGGAUUAUUUCAUCAUGAAGAAGAACCAGUCAUUUUAGUUCGUCAAAUCAUGCACCAAAAAGAUGAUCAUGACCUAGAAAAAGGAAUGCUGAGUCAUCCGGAUGUCCAUCAUGAGAAAUAUGAGACUAAGUUCCUGAUGUCGGAUGAAGAAGGAGGAGAAUAUGAACUAAAAUUCUUCAAAAGACUUGAUGAGGAAUUCAACAAAGUAAAUAACUUUUACAAAGAGAAGGUCGAUAAGGUUAUGAAUGAAGCUGCCGUGUUGACCAAACAAAUGGAUGCAUUGAUUGCUUUUAGGGUUAAAAUUGACGAUCCCGAUCAAGCAAAGUUUGAACACCUCUGUAAUGAAAUUGCUGAAUCUGCUGCCAGAUUCUCUGUCUCUUCAGAAACCUCUAUCCCCCACAGUACUGAAAUGGUGCAUAUGGAAGUCAUAGAAGAAAGCAUUGGACCAAGCAGCCACGGAAGUUAUUCAGAUGAAAAUGAAACAAGCAAUUUUGAUGAUACUGAUCUCGAUGAAUCUAAUAUACAGCCAACUGAUAACAACAGCCAUGGAGAAGAAAGAGAGAGGCGGAAAAAAUUGAAGACUGAAAUACCAGCUCAUAUGGAAAUCCUGAACAGCGUUAAAAUCAAUGAAACACUCGGUCCGCGAGCAACUAUAAAACGAAUCAUCAGUUUUAAGAACGGAAAUAGUGGAGGGUUAAUCAGUUUCAGAAAACGGAAUCUAAAGAGAGUUGAGGAACAACUCAAGACUGCAAUUAUCCAUUUCUAUCACAAACUUCAACUUUUAAAGAGCUAUAGCUUUAUGAACCUCUUGGCCUUUUCCAAGACCAUGAAGAGAUAUGACAAGAUUACCGAAAGACAUGCAUCAAAAAUAUAUCUGAAUAUGGUGGAUAACUCCUACAUUGGCAGCUCUGAUGAUGUUACUAGGCUCAUGGACAGGGUAGAGGAUUCAUUUACCAAACACUUCUCCAAGUCAAACCGUAGUAAAGGCAUGAACAUCUUGAGAUCGAAAAAGAAGAAAGACAAACAUACAACAACAUUUACCUCUGGUUUCUUUAUGGGCUGCACAAUCUCUCUUCUAAUAUGCCUAAUUUUGGUCAUAAAUGUAAGAAAUCUCAUUAGAAAAGAGGGCAGUGCUAAUUAUAUGGAAACCAUGUUUCCGCUCUACAGUUUAUUUGGUUUUCUUGUCCUACACGCGCUCCUCUAUUCAGCAAAUAUCUACUUUUGGCAACGUUAUCAAAUCAAUUAUGCAUUCAUAUUUGGUUUCAAAAAAGGAACAGAGUUGGGACACAGAGAAGUUUUUCUGUUAAGUACAAUUCUUGCAACGGUUUCACUGGCCAGUGUGCUCGCCAACCUAGACAUGGAAAUGGAUAUAAGCACAAGCAAAUACAAAGCUCUCACUGAACUACUUCCUCUAGCAUUAGUUUCUGUUAUAGUUCUCAUAACAGUUUGCCCUUUCAAUAUCGUAUAUCGUUCUAGUCGUGUGUACCUACUGCGAACUGCAUUCCGUUGUAUCAGUGCUCCUUUAUACACGGUCACUCUAUCAGAUUUUAUGUUGGCUGAUCAGCUGAGUAGUCAGGGGCAAGCUCUUAGAAGUGUUGCGUUCUACAUCUGCUACUAUGCUUCAGGUGAUUACAAAGUGAGGGAGACCAAAUGCAAAUCAGACGUUGUUUAUAACUCAUUCUACAUCAUGUUAGCUGCAUUCCCAUUUUGGCUACGGGCAUUACAGUGUUUUCGGCGAUACUUUGAAGAGAAAGAUCCAAUGCAGGGACCUAAUGGGUUCAAAUACUUAAGUAUUGUUCUCGCAGUCAGCCUGACAACAGCUUACAGUAAGCAUAACACAACACUACUAUUGGUAUUGGCUUGGAUCAGUGCAAUCAUUGCAGCUGUUACUGCAAUAUAUUGGGAUCUCGUUCUAGAUUGGGGACUACUACGAAGGAAUUCAAAGAAUCCAUGGUUAAGAGACAAACUUCUAGUUUCACAGAAAAGUAUCUACUACGUAGCCAUGGUAACGGAUGUGGUGCUGAGAUUUGCCUGGCUUCAAACAGUAUUAAACAUUCAAGUUUCUUUCUUACACAAGGAAGCAAUGGUUGCCCUUGUCGCAUGCCUAGAGAUUUUUCGUCGCGGUGUAUGGAAUUUCUUCAGGAUAGAGAAUGAACAUGUGAACAAUGUCGGCAAGUUCCGUGCGUUCACAACUGUACCUCUCCCUUUCAUCUAUGAGGAAGAGGACGAGGAAGAUAAAGAUGACUGAGUAGCCAACCCUCAAAACCAAGAGCUUCUGAUGCCAUGAUCAAGGGAUACUAGUGUUUCCCUCUGAUAGCAAUCAAGAAGGUCAAGAAUGUGCAGAAUCUAAGAAAGAUGUGAUAGUAAUUAGUGUCUCAAGGAUGUGUUUCUGGUUGUGUGUGCAAAUGAGUUACAUGUGCAUUUUCGUUAACGUCGGCAAGUUUCGUGUGUUCACAAAUGCACCUCUCCCUUUCAACAAUGAUGUCGAUGAGCAGGAAGAUAAAGAUGAGUAGCCAACCCUCAAAACCAAAAGCUUCUUACGCCAUGAUCAAGGGAUACUACUGUUUCCCUUUGAUAGCAACCAAGAAGGUCAAGAAUGAAUAGGUCAUGAAUCAACAAAAAUGUGCAGAAUCUAUAAAAGAUGUGAUAGGUUAGUGUCUUAAGGAUGUGUUCUUAGGUGUCUGUGCAAAUGAGCUACAUGUGCAUUUUUGUAAAUCUGUUUUCAAUAACUGA